GUGUGCUUCGCCUUCCACUCACGGAGCUGCUUCAUAAUUGACACAGACGAGUUUAAUAAUUAAGCGAUAAAUAUACCAACACAGUGUCCGCAAGAGGAGGGCGGCAGUCGAGUGGCGACCGCGUUACGUGCCAGACACACGCGACUUGUGAUGUCUUGAAGCUUAUUCGACAUUUUUCUAUCGGACAUCGAAGGAAUCUCACCGGACUGGUUUCCCGCGCAAUGCUGCGUUAGUGCGCCGCUCUGGUGAACCCUUUCGCUUGUAAAUGUGCCGAUAUUUACAUAUGCGCGCUCGAUCUCGCGUCGAACUUUCGAUCAGCGCCCGUGGUUCAUCUGGUGUGCCAGCGCAGGCGCCCGCGCCCUCGCCGCCCCAGCGCGCUCACCUCCUGCACGACGUGCGAUGAUCCACGUGGGUCGAGGAGAAUUAUGCGUGGGGCGUGCGCAUGCGCGGUGGUGUGCGCGUUGGUGGCGCUGUGUGCGGCCGGCGGGCCGGACGAGGAGAGCCUUGCCGCUGCCGAGCGGCAGCUGCUGGCACUGCUGGGGCUGCCCCGGCGCCCUUCGCCCCGCGCCCGCCCGCCGACACCAGUGCCGCGAGCCAUGCGCCUCUUGUAUGAUAUGCAAGGCGCGCUUCCUGCCGCCGCCGCCAACACGGCGCGGUCUUUCUACCACACCGCUACGGACCUCGACGACCGUUUCCCUCAUGAGCAUCGCUUCCGCCUAUAUUUCAACAUAAGUGGCGUACCCGGCGACGAAGUCGCUCGCGGCGCGGAUGUCACCUUUCAACGCGCCGUCGGUGUCACCGGCACGCAGAGGCUGCUGCUCUACGACGUGGUCCGCCCGGGCAGACGAGGAAAGAGCGAACCUAUUUUGAGGCUUCUCGAUUCAAUUCCUCUCCGACCCGGCCAAGGCUCGGUCGCGGCGGACGCCCUCAGCGCGGCGAGAAGGUGGCUUAAGGAACCGAAACACAAUCAUGGCCUAUUAGUGCGCGUCAUAGACGAGACCGUAGGCAAUGAAAGUAUCAAAUUUCCACAUAUUCGCGUCCGACGGCGCGCCACAGACGAGCACGAGGAAUGGAGCACUAUCCAGCCUCUGCUGAUGCUUUACACAGAGGACGCGAGAGCCAGAACGGCUCGGGAGCGUGGAGAGACAUCGCUGACUAGAAAUAAGAGAGCGACGCAGCGCAAGGGCCACCGGCCUCACCACAGGCGCAAGGAGGCGCGAGAGAUCUGCCAGAGGCGCCCUCUGUUCGUGGACUUUGCGGAUGUGGGUUGGAGUGACUGGAUUGUCGCCCCCCAGGGCUACGAAGCCUACUAUUGCCAGGGCGACUGCCCUUUCCCAUUAGCUGAUCACCUCAAUGGUACCAACCAUGCAAUUGUGCAGACUUUAGUGAAUUCAGUGAAUCCGGCCGCGGUGCCGAAAGCGUGUUGUGUGCCGACGCAGCUUUCCUCUAUAUCUUUGUUGUAUAUGGACGAAUUGAACAUUGUGGUGCUUAAAAACUAUCAAGACAUGAUGGUGGUAGGGUGUGGCUGCCGAUGACGAAGGCUGAGCCCAGUGUGGACCUAGUGAUAUAUCGUGGACCCAGUGUAUAUAUAGAUGUGGCCUCGAAAAUUGUACAUAAUCAACUUGUAUAUACAUAUUCUUGUAAUUAUUAUUAUUUUAUUGAAACGAUAAUGAUAUAAUAAAAUAUUA